CUGUCCUGAUGAACUGCUGUGCAUCUUACUCAUCGUUAAUAAAACGCCAUCUUUGUCCCAUCUUUCUCCUCUCCCUGUGCUGCUUUCUAUUCAACAAGCACAAACCAUGAAGAGCUCUUCCUUUUCAACCAUCAUAUCCGACCACUGCAGGCUUCUCAUCAGCCUACUCCUCUUCCUCAUCGUCCUCUUCCCCUCAUUAGCUUCUACAACCCGGCCCAAGAAUCUAACAUCGCCUCCAAGAAACCAUAUCCCCAGCCUCUUGCUUCGCCACCAUUCAUGCUCUUCUUUCCCCCAUGCAAACCCACGUUCAUUGUGUUUCCAACUCCAAGGAAUCCAAAAACGCGGAUAUUUCUCUCCGCCGCCACCACCACCGCCACCGCCAUCACUAAAGGAGAUUGAUCCAAGAUACGGUGUGGAAAAGAGACUAGUCCCCUCCGGACCAAACCCUCUUCACAACUAAUCAUGAAGAACGAGGACAAAGUUGAUGCAUUUGUUUAUAUUCCGUCAUUAAUAUUUGCCAUGAUUUUGCUUCUUUUUUGGUAUUGGAGUUUUCGCUGCCUUUUGUCCUCUCAUUUCUUCGAGCUAGAAAACAUGUAGGUCUCGACACAACAUGAGACCAUUGUCGUCGCAACGCAAGGGAUCAGAACUUGUGGUUUAAUUUCUUGUUUUGUUCUUUUUUGUUUGAUUAGUUAAGGGCGAUUGCUAUUUCCAUGCUUGUUUUUGGGUAUUAAUUAGCAAUUAGAAGGGUAGGGGAAAGAACCAAAAACAAGCAAGGAAAUGGUGUACCGUUGGGUAGUAAGGUUGGAUAUAUCAGUAGUCAAGAGAAACCCAUGAGUUUCAUUAAUUAAUUUGUAGGCUUUUCGUUUUGGCUUUAGCAUGUAGGUCCGCAAUAAAUAUUUUCAUGUUAU